UGGCGCGGAGCGGUCGCCGGGCGGUGAUCCUAUGAAUUCCAAAAUGAAACAGAAGUUGAACGCGGAGAAGUCAUCGGGAUCUUUGCAGAAAUACCUCACAGACGCUGCAUGCAGUGCUGCCCCAAGACAGACCCUUAAAAUGAUUCAGCCUUCAGCAAAAGGUUGCCUGGUUGGCAGAGAUAAAGAGAAGAAAUCUUCAGUCAAAAGGAAACUCUGGAAUAACAAGUUUACUUCCUCAGCUUGUAAAGCUGAGGUGUUUGUGGACAAAGAGCAAGAAAAUGAGAAUACUGAUGAUAUCAUUCAGGCUGUAGAUCUCAUUAAAAAAAGUCCUUCAUCUCAAUAUUGGAAAGAAGUGGCUGAAGAAAGGAGGAAGGCUCUGUAUGAAGUCCUUCAAGAAAAUGAAAAGUUGCACAAAGAAAUUGAACAAAAAGAUGGUGAAAUUGCCCGCCUAAAGGAAGAAAACGAAGAACUAAUGUCACUGGCUGAACAUGUGCAUUAUAUGACCAGCAUGAUUGAGAGGUUAACAGGGCAAGAAACCGACAAUCUUGAGACAUUGAAAAGUCUGGCUUUAGAGGAAUCCAAACAAGAAAAUGAAGAAUCUAACCCUGGAGAUGAUGCAGACAAUACUUCUGAAGAAGGGCCAUUGCAAGUAUCAUGUGAUUUAAGAAAGAGUAUAUCAGAUGAUACUUCAAGUGAAGCAAAUUACUGACAGCUGGAGUGAUGACCUUAAAUAGGCUUGUGUAUAUGCCUUCUUUUAACUGCAGACUUCCUCUUGAAAGGAUACACUAAAACUUUUCAGGUAUAGAAGCUUGUGGGAGCAUUGCAGAUCGUGGUUUUUAACUGGAAUUAUGUAGCAGUGAGUAUUUGUAUACUGCUUGUAAAGCUUGUUACAGGCUGCAGUUAAUUGCUUGUUUAAAGUCCAAAUACUGUGUAUUUUGAACUGUUGUGUAAAUAUCAUUUGGUCUGACAUGACAUGUGAAAACUGAUAAAUAAAUCUUUGCCUUAUUAAAA